AUGAGGCCAAGCCAUAUAUGCAACGCCUGCAUCUCGCGAUCAGUGCAAUACCCUUCUCACAGUGUGGUGCAGUUUCGCAACUCUGCCGAUAGAUUCCCGAGAAAAAGUCUGCGUCAGAUAACAACUCAAACUGGCAAGCCAAAGCACCUCGCCAGCGCAGCAACCAACAAUGCACAGAGAGGUCAGAAGUGGGCACAUGCUUCGGUAGCGAGUGAAAGAGCUCCUCGACUUCCUGCGGGCGCCUCGCAAGAAGCUCUCACAGCUUCACCACCACAGCACCUUAUAUCCACCACGCCACAUCCCGAGAAUAACCUCUCCUCCACGCGCCCAGCUCGCUUGGAUUCCCCAGAAGGUCCGAUCAAAGACGAAGGCGGAGCAAUAACGCUCAAAAACCGCGCAUCAUAUCUCUUCCAGCUCGGCAAGGCGUAUGCCAGAUUCUACAAAACCGGGCUCAAGAAUAUCUGGUCCAACUACAAGGAAUACCGAGACCUCCGCAGGAAACUCGGCGGCGCUGAGAUUCAUGACCUGGUCAGAUAUGCAUCUACGCCAGCGAUUACGCGGCGAGAAUUCCAACUCCAUCUUCGGACCCAACACGAUCUCAAGAAAUUGAUACCAUUCGGAUUGGUCUUCGCCAUCUGUGGCGAGUUCACGCCGCUGGUGAUAGUGGCGUUGGGCACCGCGGUCGUGCCAUACACAUGCCGCAUACCGAAGCAGGUCAAGAAGGAUCUACAGAAGGCGCUAUCUCGCACUGAAGACGUCGAGCGCCUCAGCCCACAAAAAACCGAGGUCGGCAUUACUCCCGCUCUCGGAUACGCCCACGGCGUAGAUCCUCUCGGUUUAUCCAUCCGAGAAACGCCAGUGCUCGGUUCGUUACUGCAGCGUUUCUGGGUGGAGCCGAAACUCAAGCAGCGCAUGGACCACAUAAUCUGCGAUGCCAAACUGAUCAACCACGAGGGCGGAGCCGCGCGUCUCGAACCAGAAGAGCUCUACCAGUUCUGUGUCGAUAUCCGACAACUCGACGCCAUGAAGCGCAUGGUCGACUAUUACACGCACGACAGACAGUCAGACAUACCCGAUCCAGACGUGAAGCAUACGCAGAAAGAGCUGCAGGUCUUCCUUGAUUCAAUUGGUCGAAAACUGACAAAUUUGAAGAGCCCGGCUGAUUAUAACCCCGAAUCCAUCUUCGUGGCUGCAGCCAAAUAUGUUCGCUCCCGUGGGCAGGAAGGACCGUAUAUCCCGCCACAGACAUUACGGAGAUCGAAUAUCGGAGAUAAGUAG